AGAAGCUUUCGGAUGAUGUGCAUGGGCCUUUGAGCAAUGCUUCCAGCAUGGCCGCCGUUGUGCCAAACUCUUGGGCGAAGCCUUCGCAGGUGCCUGUGACAGGCCCCCCCCGCUGUGUGUCGCCAUGGACGCCUAGGUCAGUGGUGGUGCCCCUCGCGAGCGGCUUUUGCCCAAGCUGCCACAGAGCGCCGUCGCAGCCCGCCCUGAGGGUGAGCGUUGCGGAGCCGGUGACGCGAGGCGUUGCCCCUGUCGGGAGCAGCACGGUGCGUGUACGAAGCUUGAGCACCUCUUUGACUGCCUCGAGAACCUUGAGCGUGCCGCCUUAUGUGGUGCCUGGGCGGCCCGUCGCGCCCACCAGCUUCAGCAUGCAGUGCGCGCCCAUGGUCUCGCCGCGCACAUCCAGCCCGCCGGGACCGCGCGUGCAGGUGUGGCCUAUGCCAGGCUACGCCAGCGCCCCCGUGCCGCUGAGAACUCCCGCGCCGCCGCCGGCGGCGGCGGCGGCGGCGGCGCCGAGGGCGGCGGCGGCGCUCCGGCAGCGGCGCCUGAGGCCCAUGAGAGGAGCUCCAGGGACCGUCGUCCCAGCCAGAGCACAGUGUCUACCACCGCCGCGGCCCAAAGGGAGCUGCCGUGUAGAGAUCUGCUGGAGGAGGCCUCUUUGCCCGGCACGGCGGUGCUGAAGAGGGACUUCGACGCUGCGCUGGAGGAGGCGAGUUUGCUGCUGAGACCCAGACCCGGCACGCCGCGCGGCUCAGGAGUCCUCUCCUGGCUGGAGGUGGAUGCGGAGAACUUGUCUACGGCAGCGGGGCCUUUACCUCCGCCCUCAGCGGUGCCUAGCACCAGGCUUGCAAUGCCACAGCCGCUGCAGCCGCAGCCGCCACAACAGCAGCAGCAGCAGCAGCCGCAGUCGCAGCCGCAGCCGCCGCAGCCGCAGCCGCAGCAGAAGCAGCAGCCGUUGCAGCCGCAGCCGCAGCCGCUGCAGCCGCAGCCACUGCAGCCGCUGCAGCCGCUGCAGCCGCAGCCACAGCAGCAACGACAGCCAGGCGCUUGUGUGGUCCGACCAAGCAUGAUCGCUUGCAACGGCGCUGCAGCCAAUGUGGCGGCUGCGUUUCCAGCAUCGGCGACCGCAGCAAGAUCGGAGAGCGCGCCCCCAUCUGCGGCCUCUAGACCUGGGUCGUUAGCAGGUUCGGCCACCUUUCCGGUGGCGGUUUUGCAGGCGGCUUUGCCUGCAACGCCUACGGCCGUGCCUGUUGCGGUUGCUGCGCCGGCCACACCGGCAAGCGCAGUGCCAGUCGCAGCCACUUUGCCAACGCCGCCCACAUUCACGCCACACGCAUCACAUGCCUCCGGGACAGCCGCGGCCCACAUGCCUGAGUUUGUGGACCCGUUCCAGGAGCAAAGAGAGCCUGGACGUUUCCGUAGCCCCUGCGCGCGCAGCUUGCCCGCGCAGAUCUUUUCUCAGGCGAACGGCCGUGCUUCCCGGCCUUUGUCGAGGCCAAAGUCGCCAAAGCACGAGGAACUUUACGUGGAUGCCGCUGCACGAAGGGAACGCCAUCAGGGCCGGCUGGCGGCGUCCAUGCACAUGCGCCAGCAAUGGGAGGCGGAGCAGCAGAACCGAUGGGAGUUCCAACGGAUGACCUGGCAGGCGAGCUACAAGGGUCCGCAGGAUCCCCGGAGCCACGCUGAAAGGGAGCUGGAGCUUCUGCGAAAGAGGCAAAGUUGGCAGCAGAGCUUUCACACCCAGCAAGCACUGCGGGAGCAGCAGGAGCUUCGCGAGUGCACCUUCCGUCCGGACACCAGCAGGAGCGGCUCCAGCUUCCGCGCGACGCGCCAGGGCAGCUCCUCCCAGAUGACGUUUCCGGAGGACAGUCGCCGCGCGAGCAGUCGCAGCAGCAGUCGUGGACACUCGCCUCGCGACAGCGUGGUGGACUUGGUGGCGCUCUACGAGAAGCAGGUGCAGGUCUUGAGGCGGCUGAGCGAGAUCUGCGCGGAUCCAGGAGGCGAUUGUGGACCACACACCACCAGGCCGGAGGAGCUGGUGGCUGUGGCCGCCGAAGGCCCCGAGCGCCUGCGCCGCGAGCUGCGGCUCUACCGCCGCCAGCUCGAGCAGGUCCAUGUCCUGGAGAGAUUGGACAUGACGGCUUUGGAGCUGCCUGCGGAGCGCUUGCAGGCGCUUAUUGCCUUGGGCUUCAAGCUGGGCCUUGCGGAGGAGCUCAGGGGCAAGCUGCCCCAGCCAGGACCCGUGGAUGUGCCAGAUGGAGAGCCGCGGUCACUGAGCACCCAGGAUGAGCUUCUGAGCGCCAGUUCCCCGGGCUGAGUGUCGGGACCUUCAGAUGGGACCUUCAGUUGGUCCA